UCUCUUAAAUAGAAAUAAACUCCGUCCAGCCUCUCGUCCAGUUCCCGUUCGGUUCCUCACCAAAAUUUCGUCCGAAAUUUGGAGGCAACAGCUAGGCUAUGGCAAAGAAGAAAGGCAAGAAGUUUAAAGUCCAUGGUUCACCUAUAAAACAUCCAAGUAAGAAGAUUGUAAAUAGAUCUAGGAAGAGGAAGAAAACAAAUUUAAAGAUAAAAUCAACGCCCAUACCUCUUGAUGGCCCUUCAUCUACUUCUGUGCUUGUUCCUGAUGUCAUACCCGUUGUUGCUACACCGUCCUCUACUAUUGCUCAUGACAAUCUAGCUACUAAAAGAAUGAAAGAGAAUGAAAGUAUAGUUAGAACUCCAGGGUUUAUAUUCAUGUGUAAUGGAAAAACAAAGCCUGAAUGCUAUCGAAAUCGUGUCUUCGGGCUACCAAGAGGACAAUUGGAAAUUGUGGAGAAAAUAAAGCCGGGUUCAGAGCUUUUCUUAUUUGACUUUGACUUAAAGCUUCUUUAUGGGGUUUACAAGGCAGCGUCAAAAGGAGAGUUGGGCUUGGAACCUGCUGCAUUCAAUGGGAAAUUUCCUGCACAGGUGAGGUUUAAGAUCUUUAAGGAGUGUUUGCCCCUUCCUGAGAAAGCUUUAAACAUGCUAUUAAAGAUAAUUACCAUGGUGAGAACUUUAAUUUCCUUGUUCCGCCCCCUUACAUCAGCUACAGCUGCCACCACUCUAUCCAAUGCGGUCACGCCACAUACAUUCCCACAGCUCAGCUACCAGCAUGGCGCUCUUCCAAGUGGCACACAGUUCCCUGGGGUGCAUGGCGGUGCCUUGCCGGUCCUGUUUUUCGAUCAGAACAGGUGA